ACGUAAAGAAGAGUAAUGAGGCUCGCAGGAGGCUUUGAGCCCCGAACGGGGCUGCUGGUGUUGCUGCUCAUAGCAACCGUGUGCAAUGGGCAAGUAUUUUACUACCAACCGGAACAGGUCCAUCUUUCCUUCGGUGAAACGCCACUCGAAAUCGUCGUCACCUGGAGCACCAUGACGGCCACGAACGAGUCGAUCGUCGAGUACGGCAUUGGGGGUUUAAUUUUGAGCGCUACCGGAACGGAGGAAAAAUUCGUCGACGGUGGCGCAGGCAAACACACGCAGUACAUUCAUCGUGUAGUAUUGCGUGAUCUGCAGCCUUCGUCCCGGUACGAGUAUCACUGCGGCAGUCAGUGGGGCUGGUCGCCAGAGUUUUACUUCCACACGACGCCAGAAGGUUCGGACUGGUCACCAUCGUUCGCCAUAUUCGGUGACAUGGGCAAUGAGAACGCUCAAUCGAUGGCACGGCUGCAGGAAGACACCCAACGCCACAUGUACGAUGCGAUUCUGCACGUUGGCGAUUUUGCGUACGACAUGAACUCGAACAAUGCGCUCGUUGGAGAUCAGUUCAUGAAUCAGAUUCAGUCAAUUGCCGCGUACACGCCGUACAUGGUGUGUGCGGGCAAUCAUGAGGAGAAAUACAAUUUCUCCAAUUACAGGGCCCGAUUUAGCAUGCCCGGCGGGACGGAAAAUAUGAUGUACAGCUUCAACCUCGGUCCGGUGCACUUUAUCGGCUUCUCGACCGAAGUGUACUACUUCAUGAACUACGGCAUCAAGACGCUUGUGAAUCAGUACGAAUGGUUGCGUCGCGAUCUGGAGGAAGCGAACCGACCGGAGAACCGCAAACAGCGCCCCUGGAUCAUCACGUACGGUCACCGACCGAUGUACUGUAGCAACGAUAACGAUAACGAUUGCACGCAUAGCGAAACGCUCGUGCGUGUUGGUCUCCCGUUCAUGCACUGGUUCGGGCUGGAAGAUCUCUUUUACGAGCAUGGCGUCGAUGUGGAAAUUUGGGCCCACGAGCAUUCGUAUGAGCGACUGUUUCCGAUCUACGACUACAAGGUAUACAACGGUUCGUAUGAGGAACCGUACCGGAACCCCCGUGCUCCUGUUCAUCUCGUGACCGGUUCGGCCGGUUGCAAGGAAGGCCGUGAACCGUUCAUCCGCAAAAUCCCGGCAUGGAGUGCCAUUCACAGCCGCGACUACGGUUACACACGCAUGAAGGCAAUCAAUGGUUCGCAUCUGUACUUUGAGCAGAUUUCCGUCGACAAAGAGGGUGCUGUGAUUGAUUCCUUUACCAUCAUCAAGGAUGAACAUUUGCCCUACAAACAGCUGCUGGAGCGUGAUGAACAGGAACGGUUGCAGAAAGUUGCGAGCUCAAAGUAG